GGCUCCUCUGACCUGUUUUCUCUUUCUCCCCACAGGUAUGCGAAUACUCGUCACCCUGCUGUUAGAUACUCUGCCUAUGUUAGGCAACGUCCUCCUCUUGUGCUUCUUUGUCUUCUUCAUCUUUGGGAUUGUCGGUGUACAGCUCUGGGCAGGGCUGCUGAGAAACAGGUGUUUCCUAGACAGGAAUUUUGCAAUGACAUACAACCUUACCUUCCUGCAUCCGUACUACCGGACAGACGAAGCAGAGGAGAAUCCAUUCAUCUGCUCAUCGCAUCGUGAAAACGGCAUGCAGAAAUGCUCCAACAUCCCAAACAGGAAGGAGUACAAGGUGGAGUGCACCUUGAGCAUGGACUCCUACACCGAGUUUAUACAACCCUGACUUCAGAACUGGAACCAGUAUUACAACGUAUGCAUGGCAGGGGACAUAAACCCACACAACGGAGCUAUCAAUUUUGAUAAUAUUGGAUAUGCCUGGAUAGCUAUUUUUCAGGUUAUAACCCUGGAAGGAUGGGUUGACAUCAUGUAUUAUGUGAUGGAUGCACAUUCUUUUUACAAUUUUAUAUAUUUUAUAUUGCUUAUAAUAGUUGGUUCCUUCUUCAUGAUUAACUUGUGCCUGGUUGUGAUAGCAACACAGUUUUCUGAAACAAAGCAGCGGGAGAACCAGCUGAUGCAGGAGCAGCGGGCCCGUUAUCUCUCCAAUGACAGCACAAUUGCCAGCUUCUCAGAGCCAGGUAGCUGCUAUGAGGAGCUGCUCAAGUACAUCUGCCACAUCUUCAGGAAGGUGAAACGGCGGACAAUACGCCUGUACAAUAACUGGCAGAGUAAGCGCCGGAAAAAAGUUAACCCAAACAGCACCACCAAUGGGCAAAGCCACCGAGGCAAAAAGCGCAUCACCUCUAUACACCACCUCAUCCACCAUCAUCAUCACCACCACCACCACCACUAUCACAUCAGCAAUGGGAGCCCUCGGGGGCCACGCUCCAACCCUGAGAUCUGUGACCUGGAACUCAAGGUCAUGAAACCUGGAGGCCAAUUGAUGCUUCCUUCUCCAUCACCCAACUUGCAGAGCCCUGCUCCUCCUCCAGAUUCGGAGUCUGUGCACAGCAUUUACCAUGCAGACUGUCAUGUCGAAGGACCACAAGUGAACUGUAAGUCUUCCAAUGCCCCUGCAAGCAUUAAGCUGACUGCUGGACUCUCCAACCAUGGCAACAUGAACUAUCCUACCAUCCUGCCUUCCCCAACUAGCAAAGCCAGUUCUGUUCCAGUUCCCAAAGGAAAGAAGAAUGGCAAUUCACCUGUGGCUGUGGUUAAUAGUCCUGUAAAUUUGGGCAUGGAUUCUUAUGGGAAGCUGCAGCAACUGGUAGGAGAGCAUGGUCUGCGGCGGACACCCAGCCGGCUGUCAGGGCUGAGCGCGGCCUGCCCGCUGCCCAGCCCACCAGGUGGCACGCUGACCUGCGAGCUGCAGGACUGUCCCUUCUGCGCCAGCCUCCUGGAGGACCCCGAGUUCGCCUUCAGCGAGUCCGACAGCUGCGAGUCUGACAGCAAUGGCGUCUAUGAGUUCACCCAGGACCUGCGGCAUGGCGACCACAGAGACCAGCUCCAGCAGCAGCGGGGCAGGAGGAGGAGGAAGAAGAAAAAACCCAAGGAGAGGAACAAGGUCAUCCGCCUGUGGAAGGCUUUUGGUAGCAAGCUGAAGAGGAUCGUGGAGAGCAAGUACUUCAACCGGGGGAUUAUGAUAGCCAUUCUCAUCAACACACUGAGCAUGGGCAUUGAGUACCACGAGCAGCCGGACGAGUUGACCAACGCCUUGGAGAUCAGUAACAUCGUCUUCACAAGCAUGUUUGCCCUGGAGAUGCUCCUGAAACUCCUUGCCUUUGGCCUCUUUGGCUACAUCAAGAACCCGUACAACAUCUUUGAUGGGAUCAUAGUUGUCAUCAGCGUCUGGGAGAUCAUCGGCCAGUCAGACGGAGGCCUCUCUGUGCUACGAACUUUUCGGCUGCUCCGGGUGCUGAAACUGGUGCGUUUCAUGCCCGCUCUCCGUCGUCAGCUGGUGGUCCUGAUGAAGACAAUGGACAACGUAGCCACCUUCUGCAUGUUGCUCAUGCUCUUCAUCUUUAUCUUCAGCAUUCUCGGCAUGCAUCUGUUUGGAUGCAAGUUCAGCCUGAAAACUGAUACAGGGGACACAGUUCCAGAUAGAAAGAAUUUCGAUUCCUUACUCUGGGCCAUUGUGACUGUAUUUCAGAUCCUCACUCAAGAGGACUGGAACGUGGUCCUGUACAAUGGGAUGGCAUCCACAUCCUCAUGGGCAGCACUCUACUUUGUGGCCCUGAUGACCUUCGGCAACUAUGUGCUCUUCAACCUUCUUGUUGCCAUUCUGGUAGAAGGCUUCCAGGCAGAGGGUGAUGCCAAUAGGUCAGACACAGAUGAGGACAAGACAUCUGCCAACUUCGAUGAUGAUUUUGAGAAGCUAAAAGACCUCCGAGCAACGGAAAUGAAGAUGUACUCACUGGCCGUCACCCCAAAUGGACACUUGGAGGGCAGGGGAAGCAUGCCGCCUCCUAUAAUCAUGCGCACUGCUGCUACACCGAUGCCCACACCGAAGUGUUCCCCACACAUGGAUUCAGUGCACACUUUUGUGGACUCAAGGAGAGGGAGUAAUGCUUCGCUAGACCCCUUGAGCUACGAUCAGAAGUCCUUGUCCAGCCUCCGCAGUUCCCCUUGCGCCAACUGGGGCACCAGCAGCAACUGGGGAAGCCGACGCUCAAGCUGGAAUAGCCUGGGCAGAGCUCCAAGCCUCAAGAAGAAGAACCAGUCAGGAGAAAGAGAGUCCUUGCUCUCCGGGGAGGGGAAAGGCAGCACAGAUGAUGACUCCGAUGACGCCAAGUCCAGCACGGUCAGCAGGCCCUCAUUGCACCGCCGGGCAGAGUCCCUGGACUACCGCAGCUCCCUGGACCUGCCUGAGCUCCCCAUGGCCGUUCUGCCUGCCGAGUACCAAGACUGCAAUGGCAAAAUGGUUCACGUCCCCAGCGAGUUCUUCCUGCGUGUCGAUGGCCACAAGGAGGAAGCCAUGGACUAUGAGGAUGACAUGGAGGAUAGUUACUGUUACCGAAUUCGUAAAGUCCUGGAGCCCUACAAACCACAGUGGUGCAAGAGUCAUGAAGAUUGGUCCCUCUACUUGUUUUCCCCACAGAAUCGGUUCCGAGUGAUGUGCCAGAAGGUCAUUGCCCACAAAAUGUUUGAUCAUGUGGUGCUGGUCUUCAUAUUUCUGAACUGCAUCACUAUAGCACUGGAGCGACCAGACAUAGACCCACACAGCACGGAAAGGGUAUUCCUAAGUGUUUCUAAUUACAUCUUCACUGCAAUCUUUGUAGCUGAAAUGAUGGUUAAGGUGGUAGCUCUUGGCUUUUUCUCUGGGGAGAACACCUAUCUGCAGAGCAGCUGGAACGUCCUGGAUGGAGUCCUGGUCUUUGUAUCUAUCAUUGACAUUAUUGUCUCCAUGGCAUCAGCAGGCGGAGCUAAGAUCCUGGGUGUCCUUCGCGUUUUGAGACUUCUACGGACCUUGAGACCUCUCCGAGUCAUCAGCAGAGCCCCAGGUCUGAAGCUGGUGGUGGAAACCUUGAUCUCCUCCUUGAGGCCUAUUGGGAAUAUUGUUCUCAUCUGCUGUGCUUUCUUCAUAAUCUUUGGGAUUUUAGGGGUCCAGCUUUUUAAAGGCAAGUUCUACUAUUGUGACGGUCCUGAUAUAAAAAACAUCACUACGAAGACUGACUGCACUAACGCACACUACAAAUGGGUUCGGCGGAAGUACAAUUUUGACAAUUUAGGACAGGCCCUCAUGUCCUUGUUUGUCCUCUCCUCCAAAGAUGGCUGGGUGAACAUCAUGUAUGAUGGUUUGGAUGCCGUGGGUAUUGACCAGCAGCCCAUCCAGAACCAUAACCCUUGGAUGCUUCUCUACUUCAUCUCCUUCCUGCUCAUCGUCAGCUUCUUCGUGCUCAACAUGUUUGUGGGGGUGGUGGUGGAGAACUUUCACAAGUGUCGACAGCACCAGGAGGCGGAAGAGGCCCGGCGUCGGGAGGAGAAGCGGCUGAGACGCUUGGAGAAAAAGCGCAGGAGUAAGGAGAUAUACCUGUCUGAAGCCCAACGCAGGCCUUACUACGCUGACUAUUCCCCAGCACGGAAGUACAUUCACACCCUCUGCACCAGCCACUAUCUUGACCUUUUCAUUACGUUCAUCAUUGGGGUCAACGUCAUCACUAUGUCAAUGGAGCACUACAACCAGCCAAAGUCCCUGGAUGAAGCCCUGAAGUACUGCAACUAUGUGUUCACCAUAGUUUUUGUGUUCGAGGCAGUUCUGAAGUUGGUGGCAUUUGGUUUUCGAAGGUUCUUUAAGGACAGGUGGAAUCAGCUGGAUUUGGCUAUAGUUCUCUUAUCAAUUGUGGGAAUCACGCUGGAGGAAAUUGAGAUGAAUGCCGCACUGCCCAUCAAUCCCACAAUAAUACGCAUCAUGCGGGUGCUGAGGAUAGCAAGAGUGCUGAAACUGCUUAAAAUGGCCACCGGGAUGCGAGCUCUCCUGGACACAGUGGUACAAGCGCUUCCCCAGGUAGGGAACCUUGGCCUACUUUUUAUGCUCCUGUUUUUUAUCUAUGCUGCACUGGGAGUGGAAUUGUUUGGCAAACUAGACUGCAGUGAAGAAAAUCCUUGUGAAGGUCUGAGCCGGCACGCAACUUUCACCAACUUCGGCAUGGCCUUUCUCACCCUCUUCAGGGUGUCAACAGGGGACAACUGGAAUGGUAUCAUGAAGGACACUCUCCGGGAAUGCACUCGGGAAGACAAGCACUGCCUCAGUUACCUGCCUGUUAUCUCUCCUGUCUACUUCGUCACCUUCGUCCUCAUCGCACAGUUCGUCCUAGUCAAUGUGGUGGUGGCAGUGCUGAUGAAGCACUUGGAGGAGAGCAACAAGGAGGCCAAGGAGGAUGCUGAGAUGGAUGCUGAGAUUGAGUUGGAGAUGUCCAGAGGAGCAACCACCUCGGCCACCAGUGGGAGCAGGGGAGGUGCAGUGGCGUUGGAGAGCAGGGCACCCUACAAAAGUCAGGAGACCAUGAAGUCGGAGUCAGACUCUCAAAACCUCCUGACGGUCCGCAAGAUCUCAGUUUCCCGUAUGCACUCCUUGCCCAACGACAGCUACAUGUUCCGACCGGUGAUGCCAGCGAAAGCCCCUUUCCCACUGCACGAGGUAGAGAUGGAAAUGUAUCCCUGCAAAUCCCAAAGAGGAUCCAUCACUUCCAUCCGCUCCCAGCCCGUGGGAACAUGUUCCUCUCUGAGAGUCCCAACGGAGUCCCUCCAGCUGGCAGUCCGUUCCCCCAACCACGAAGGCCGCCACCGCUGGAAGAUCCUCCCCCCCCACAUUGCACCUCGAUCUCCUACUCUCAACAAGCUGCUGUGCAGACAG